AUUGCAACAGCUGUUCGUGUCGGGUUAUUUUAUCCCAACAUUUCGUGAGUUUCGAUGGUCGGAAAAGGCCGUGCAGUGUGUCGUUUGUGUCUCAGUGGAACUUCGCUAGAGGAUGUAUUUGAGGCAACGGAUAUGAACGAUUUAAUAUCCAACUUGCUUGCCAUCACGAUAACAAAAUCGGACGCCCAUCCAUCGAAGAUCUGCCAGGGAUGCAUUAAAACACUUUCCGACUUCAGAGACUAUCGUGAAAGAUGCCUAGAAGUAUAGCAUUUCUUCACCGGCCUGUCGGAAGCUGCUCUCCCGGAAGCGGUUACGGAGAAGGAUGAUUUUGUCUCUAAACAUCUCCCGAGCAAUGACGAAGGCGAUGCAGCCUCUUCUCAGCCA